AUGACAACGCAUUAUGUUAUAGGGUUUACCGGCACUAUAGCAAGUGGAAAGACAGUGCGCUGUCAUCGCCUGCUGCAGGCCGCCAUUAAUCAUCAACUCAGUGCCCUGCACUCUGCAUCCAAAACUGGGAAGAAGAGUAAGGUGUCAGUAGAGGAGGCUUUGCAGUUGGCUUCGACGACUGCUUUGGCGGGACAAAAAUCGACUGCAUUCUCUGCCUCGUAUUUGCCCUUGCUACAGGAUAGUCCUCUGAGUGUGAAGUACAUCAACGCAGAUCUUUUGGGGCAUUCUGUCUACUUGCCAGGCACCCCUUGUUAUUAUCAAUUGAUUCAACGCUUCGGCGAGAGAAUUCUCAUGCGAGAGGAGGCACAGGGGGGGGCCGCAACUGCCUCAUUAGGCGAUAGCGAUAGUCUUAGGAGGUCUGGAAACACAGUACCAUCGCGUGCUGAUGUAAUCUUCUCCGCCUCGCCCCCUCCAAUCAACCGUCACGUGCUUGGCAAGAUCGUAUUUGCGGAUCUACAAGAGCUUUCAGCACUCAACGCCAUUUGUUGGCCGCAUAUUAUGGAGGCCUUCAAGGCGCAGUACAGUUCCUGCGUGUUGGCUGCCCAGGAGUCUGGCAAGCGGGUGACCCUUUUUAUCCUAGAGGCCGCGCUUCUUUUGGAGAUUGCGGGCAUGCUUCGGUACUGCACCGAUGUCUGGAUCACGAGCUGUAGCGAGGAAGAGGCGGCAUCGCGCCUCGCCCUGCGAAACGGCCUCGGGGCUGCAGAGGUCGCGCAGCGCAUCACCGCGCAGGCGAGUCUCUUCGAGAAGAUUAAGACCCUUCGUCGGAUAGAAUUCGCUAAUGGAUUAAAACACUUCAACACAUCCGAGACGACGUUAGAUGAGGGCCUGCGGCAGGUGGAUCUAGUCUUUGAGAAAUAUUGGCGUGAUAAAAUCAAGCCGUGGCUAUAGAGUGAAGAAGUUCAGGUAGAGACAAACUGGUUUGAUGAUUCUCUCGAGUCGUGGUAUUUUAUGCAAACCUUAUUAUUCUAUUUACCAAUUGUGAAUCAGAAUUCCAGCUGAAAAGCAUGUGUCUAAGGAAUAAACGAUUGCAGUGAACUCAAUAAGAACAUGGUCUUGAUCUAUCUGAGACUUCCUGACUAACGUGUGAUCAAUCGAUUCGAACGAGCAUCGUGCUUCCAAGCAAUGAUAAUGGAAUAAUGAAUGGAUUUCGUGAUCUGUUUCUCCUAUCUGCGCGUUGGUAUUCGUUCUAUGCUGAGUGAUUGUGGGAGGGUUUUUUUGUUCAAGCAUUCCCAAAAAGCGAGUAAACGGGAAGAACAAAUAUGAGGCCAUUAUUAUAUUCUGACACUCGUUUUCCCCAUUCUCACCUUUUCUUUGGCCAAAUAAAUAAAUAUCUGUAUUUGCUUAUUUAAUGUACCCCUUUCAAGG